UCGACCCUACCCUAAAAAAGUCAUGCAUCUCUGUCCUCUGGUACAACAAUAAAUCAACAAGAAGAUCAAGUGGUGAACGAACUACCGGAAAGCGCUAUACCAAAUCUUCAGCUAAUACUCGUUGCUUGCUGAUUGUUAAACUCCAUCAUCUAAUGGCUUCUUCAUCGAAACUCGAAAGGAUAUACCAUGUGUUCUUAAGUUUCAGAGGCGAGGACAUCCGGAACAACUUCCUUGGUCAUCUCUCCAGAGCUCUUGACCAGAAAGGAAUCAACACUUAUGUUGAUAGCAAGGAGCUCAGGAAAGGAGAGCAAAUAGCGCCGGCGCUUAUGAAAGCAAUUGAGGAAUCACAGAUUGCGAUAAUCGUAUUCUCCGAGGAUUACGCUUCCUCAUGGUGGUGUUUGGAAGAGGUGGCGAGAAUCAUGGACUACAAGAAAGAAAGAGAUCUCAUGGUCUUUCCCUUGUUUUACAAAGUGGAACCUAGAGAAGUGAGAACACCAAGAGAGAGGUACAGAGAAGCUAUGAUUAAGCAUGAGUCCAAGUUUGGGAAGGAUUCGAAGGAAGUGAAGAGAUGGGAGAAAGCUCUUUUUGAUGCCGGUAGCUUGUCCGGGUGGCAUUAUAAAGAUGGAGAUGAGUCAGAGCUUAUACAAAGAAUUGUGACGGAAAUCUCCACUCACCUAGACCGAACACUUUUGCAUGUUGCUACACAUCCGAUUGGGAUAGAUUCCCAGGUGAUUAAGUUGAAAUCUAUGUUAAACCUUGAGUCUGAUGACCAUGUUCUCAUGGUGGGAUUGUGGGGACAGGGAGGCAUAGGGAAGUCAAGUCUAGCUAAAGCCAUUUAUAAUGAAAUUUUCAGACAAUUUGAAGGUUCAAGUUUUUUGGAAAAUGUUCGAGAAACUUCGAAAGAAUGCAAGGAUUUAGUUACUUUGCAAGAAAAAUUACUAUUUGAGAUAUUAGCACUGAAAGAAAAAUUAGUAGUGUCCAAUGUUGAUAGAGGUAUUAAUCUAAUACAAGAAAGACUUCGUCACAAAAAAGUUCUCCUCAUCCUUGAUGAUGUGAAUGACUUGUGCCAGUUACAUGCUUUAGUAGGAGAAGGUAAGUGGUUUAGUAAUGGGAGUAGGAUCAUUGUUACUACAAGAGAUAGCCAUUUGCUAACUUAUCUCGGGAUAGAUCAAGAUCAUGUGUACGAAGUUAGAGAACUGGAUGAUAGUGAUGCUUGUGAGCUAUUUAGUAAGCAUGCUUUUCCGACACACCAAAACUUUAAAAUUAGGACAAAUCUAGUGGAUAGUGUUCUAAAUCAUGCUAAAGGCCUUCCCUUAGCACUUGAGGUGCUAGGUUCUUUCUUACGCGGUAGAAGAGAAUAUGAAUGGGAAAGUGCACUGGAUGAAAUUUCUAUGGCUCCUAAAAAAGGCAUCAAUGAUGUGCUCAAAAUAAGUUAUGGUGGACUAGAACCAAAAGUGAAAGAGAUCUUUCUCCACAUUGUCUGCUUCUUUAAGGGGUGGGAUAGUGAGUAUGUAAAGAAAGUUCUCGACAGUUGCGAUCUUAAGGCAGUAAUAGGAUUACAAAUUCUCAUGGAGAGGUCCUUGAUAAGAACUGAGUCCGGAAACAUACAAAUGCAUGACUUGAUUCAAUUGAUGGGUAUGGAUAUUGUGAACCAAGAAAGCGAUGAUCCUGGGAGACGCAGCAGACUAUGGUUGUAUGAUGACGUUGUCGAUGUUCUAUCAAGCGACAUGGGAAAUUGUGCUGUAAAAGCCAUAGUAUUGGAGCCACCUGAGCCGAUAGAGAUAUGUGUUGGUCCUGAUGCUUUUACAAAAAUGAGAAGGUUGAGAUUGCUCAUUUUGCGCAAUGUGGAUAAUACUUUCCAAGGUCCUAUUUAUCUUCCUAAUGAGCUAAGAUGGUUUCGAUGGAUUGGAUGCGCUCCCCGGAUUCCAGAAUUUUCCUCUGGUCAAAAGAAAUUAGUGGGAUUUGAUAUGAGCAAUUGCAGUAUUCCAGUAGUGCCAAAUCAAUUUAAGGGCUUCCAAAAUUUGAAGUACAUUAAUUUAAGUGGCUGCAAGUUGCUAGUUCACAUGCCCGACGUCUCGUGUACUCCAAAUCUCGAGGGAUUGGAUCUCCAUAAUUGCAAAAACUUGGUAGAAGCCCACGAGUCCAUCGCAUAUCAUGAAAAGCUACAAGUGUUGGAUUUCUGUGGGUGCUCUGAGCUUAGUGUGUUUCCAAAUGAGCUCAAGUCAAAAAAUCUUCAAACUCUCAGUCUUGAAAAAUGCACAAAGUUUGAAAGGUUCCCUGAUAUUCCACAUAAACUCAAAGCCCUAAAAGAGCUUCAUUUAGAAAGAACGGCUAUUAAAGGGCUUUCUGCAUCAAUAGAAAAUCUUGUCUCUUUGGAGCGUAUGUAUUUAAGUAAUUGCGAGAACUUGACGCGUCUUCCAUCUAGCAUUUACACGUUACAAAACCUUGAAGACUUGGCUCUUGAUUUUUGCACAAAUUUAAUCGGGUUUCCAAAGUACGAGGAUUCGGCUGAUCCUUGCAUGAAGACCAAACUUUCAAAUUUACAUCAGUUAAACCUUUUGGGAUGUAAUUUGUCCGAAGUAGACUUUCUUGAGAAUCUUUCAUGUUCUCCAUUCUUGACACAAUUACAGCUGUCGGGGAACAAUAUUACUAGCCUUCCUACAUCCAUCAAUAAACGUCAUCAUUUGUCCUAUUUGCUAGUUGAAAAUUGCCAUCAAUUACAAGAGAUUCCUGAGCUUCCACCAUUUUUGAGUACUAUUACGGCGGAUAAUUGUGAAUCUCUGCAAAAUUGUGGAGAUUUAACUUCAGUUCAUGAUUUUGUCCGUAGAGGGUUGACCAUGGCUAAUAGUUCCUUACAUAACGAGGUUAGAUUCUCUCUCUCACGCGCACACACGCAUGCAUAUUGAUGUGGACUAUAUGCUGAAUCAGAUGCGUGCUUGUUUAUUGCAAUAGCAGAAAAGGCAAGAUUGGAGGCUUAAGAAAUUCAAACAAAUAUAAAGUGAUUCUGCACGUGUAUGCAUGUAAUGGAGUUGGCUACCGUACUUUUAUGGGAAUGAUUUCUAUCACAUGAGAUUGUAUGCUACUGCAAGCAAGGAUCAAUGUAUCUCCACUCGUUUAUUGAGCUCCAAUUCCAAGUGGAAUUCUUUAGGAUUACUUACUAAAUUCAAAUUGAAUUUUUCUAUUUGGGUACUAAUAACAAACUUGGGUACUUUCUAAUGAUCUAUCUUUGUUUCAGCUUUUUAGAUACGCUGUUGUUCUCCCUCAAGGAGAGAUGCCGGAGUGGGUUCUCCCUAUUGAAGAGGAUUCCAUAUCUUUCAUGGCUUCAAAAGACUUGUAUGAUAAGUGUUUUGGAUUAGCUCUCUGUGUUUCUCUCGAUAAGAAUAAUUAUGAGGGGAAAAGUGAAAACUCAUAUCGUUUUGUUGCCCAUGUUAAUGGCAAAAAGCGGGAAAGUUCCGCAUUCUAUUUCGAACCGUUGCAGUCGGAUCAUAUCCGACUUCGUUAUCUCACACCUCCAGAGUUGUGGGGAGCAGUCGAUUUUGAUCGAAUUGAUGGGAGUCGCGUACGAUUUAGCCUUACGGUAUCCGGCAAAUACAUGAAAAAGUGGGGAUUCCGAAUAUUUUGCAAGAAAUUGGAGGACGAUCUAAAAAUCGUGCUCCAAGAUGAUCGGCUAAUCGAUCCAGCUUUACUCUACGAGAUUGAUCACGAAUCAAUAAGUUCAGAAGUCGAGAGUUUAUUGAUGCACACGAAUAGACCGAAACAGAUCUACAGGAAGACCUGCAAGAUCAUCAAAGGAGAAUCGAGAGAGAUGAACAAAUAGCACCCAAGAGAAAGCAUGGGCUUAUUCCCGCCCAAGGCAAGCGAAUCAAGACCACGUCGACUUCCUCCGAUUCGACAGAUGGAGAAGAGAACGAUCGAGAAACUUGCGAAGGAAGCAAUUCGUAGAUUUUCUCUCUCCACCGACGCCACUUUCAGCAUCGCGACUCCUCCUCAUCUUCCAUCCGACACCACCACCGAGCUCUGACGAAACGGAAGAUCGCCGCAUGCCGAUGGAGGCGACAAGCACAAGGAGUUGGUCUUCCCGAAAUAGACAAAGUCCCGAGCGAAUCGACGGCUACGGAGACCGGCGAGCGGGAGGCAACGGACUACCACCGCCGACCGAAGCCACGGAAACUGAUAGAGCAGCUCGGGGCGAGCGAUCCCCUCCCGAGGUUCUAGGCUUCAUGUAGAUCGCUGUAGAUCAGCUCGAUUUUGAAUUCGAUUCGUACGGCGCUGCAAUUGCGCGGGAACUUGAAGAAUGUGUCCGGGAAUUUGUUCGAGAGACGUUGAAUAAGGUGUUUCUUAGUAAGUUUAGUCUGUGGAUGCUUGGUAGUGAAUUCGCUGGCAAUCGACGUUACACGCUGCAAAAUCAGCAACGAU